AUGCAGUCCUGGGCAUGUGACAGCGCGGCGCGCCGCCCUGUCCCGAUUCGCAGCGCGUCCUCAGGAUCGGGCAAGCGCAAAUGGGGCGAGGGCGAAUCCGGGACGGAGCUGGGCGAUUCGGUCAUGCCACGCACGCAGUCGCAACUGGACGGCUCCUGUGAUAUGGCCACUUUCUACCCCCUACCGCAUGAUCUUAAUCAGGCUGUGCUCCGUUCGCUCGGUAUAGGCAGUUCCAAAGACACAGGUGUCGCGAGCGCGUCCGGUGAGUCGUCGGCGCGCUCGUCGCCGGGUCUACUGCAGCCGACCAUGGGCACCUCGGUCGACAUGGAUAUGGACGCCGCGCAUCCGCUAAAGACGCACGGCCCGCAGUGCACGAGUAUACCUCAGCUGUCCGUGCGGUACUAUGGCGGAACACGCUCGCAGCUGUGGGCCUACUGCCCGGACUGCCAGGCGUUCUCUCAAGUCCACGAAGACCAGCCGGUCAUCCUGGCAUACUCGCCCUGA